UCCCUCCCUUCAGUUUGAAAAGUGGAGUCGUGCGGUGCGUAUCGCUGCUCGCUCGUCGUCCGGCGCGCGGCCACAGCUCAACCGAAAGCAACAAGACGCACACGGCACGGCCACGGCGCGCUCGAGGCUCGACGCAACGCAACGGCAUCGCCCUGCCCUUCGCCUUUGUCGCCGCGAAACGUCCCCCCGCCUUGUUCCGCCCCUGCUUGACGCUUAACAUGGGCACCGUGCGCGGGGACUGAGGACUUGCAAGCCGUCGCCGCGGCGCGAAGCGCGAAGCAAAUAGCAUGCCCGGGUGCGUGUGAUGGUGAUUGUGCGAACGACAGCGACAGUGUCCGCGACACCAUGGGGGGAUCUCAGUGCUCCAAAAACGAGGUGCCGCCGUGCGUCGAGCUGGACGCGGCCAAGAACACCAGCAUCCGCGCCAGCAUGCGCACCAAGCUGCCCAUGCCCGAGUCCAGCGAGCUGGAGCGAAAAUUCACCAAAGUGCUGGCCUCCAUGGACCUCCCGCCGGACAAAGCCAAACUGCUCAAGCAAUAUGACGACGAGAAGAAGUGGGACAUCAUCUGUGAUCAGGAACGAGUGCAGGCCAAGGACCCUCCCGGCCACUACCUCAACAAGCUGCGCACCUACCUCGACCCCAAGGCCUCGAGGAGUUCGCGGGCUUGCCUGGAUCGCACUUCCAGCCUUCUGGUGCUGUUCUGUCGCCCCGGCUCUCCGUGCAAGAAACGGAAAAUGGUGGGGGAUGCUACAUCAACGCAGGUACUACGAGACCUUGAGAUAUCACUGAGGACCAAUCAUAUUGAGUGGGUCAGAGAGUUUCUUGAUGACCAAAAUCAAGGCUUGGAUUCCUUAAUUGACUAUCUCAGUUUCCGCUUGGUCAUGAUGAGGCAUGAACAGAGGCAAACUGAAUCAAGGACCAAUUCAGAGGAGCGAAUUCAUUCCCCAGCAGGCAGUACUUUAUCCUCAAGUAAUGGCCCUAAUGCACACAAUGGUCAUAUACGUCCUGCUUUAGAUAUUCUAGACAGUCCUGCUCUAAAACGCAGGUCAAGACAUAUGGCAAAGCUGCGGAUGGGUGAUGCGAAAGAUGACAUUCAUGUGUGCAUCAUGUGUUUGCGUGCCAUUAUGAACAAUAAGUAUGGAUUUAACAUGGUUAUACAACAUCGAGAGGCCAUCAACUGUAUAGCAUUAAGUCUUAUGCAUAAGAGUCUGAGAACGAAGGCAUUAGUUUUGGAGCUACUUGCUGCUAUCUGUCUAGUCAAGGGAGGUCAUGAGAUUAUUCUCUCGGCCUUCGACAAUUUUAAGGAAGUUUGUCAUGAAACUCGUCGCUUUCAAACACUUAUGGAUUAUUUCAUCAACUAUGAAGUAUUUCAUAUUGAAUUUAUGGUUGCUUGUAUGCAAUUUGUGAAUAUUGUGGUUCACUCUGUGGAAGAUAUGAAUUUCCGUGUUCAUUUGCAAUAUGAGUUCACUAAAUUGGGAUUUGACGAUUAUUUAGAAAAGUUACGCCAUACUGAAAGUGAAGAACUCCAUGUGCAAAUUUCUGCCUAUCUGGAUAAUGUGUUUGAUGUAGCUGCUUUGAUGGAAGAUAGUGAAACAAAAACAGCAGCCCUUGAAAAGGUUGCUGAACUGGAGGAUGAGUUAGGACAUGCCCACGACCGAUUAGCAGCUUCAGAAAGAGAGUGUUUAUGCAAGCUGGCUUCCCUUGAGAGUGAACUAGUGCAGCUCAGAUCAGAACGUGAUGAAAUCUCAGCAGAGCUUCAAACUUUAAGACGAACUGCUCAGCAACACCAACAGGAUGCCCAUAAUAGACAAUCACUUCUGGAAAAUAAAAUUCAAGAACUGGAGACCCUCACUCGAACCCUGCCAAGACCAGACAGUAGCAGCAGUGGAGUCAGUAUGGGGUCCAGCAAUUCCUUCUCUUCCCUCUCGUCCUCGUCCUCGCCCCCGGCCCCCAGCCUGCCCCCAACACCUGUCCCGCCUCCCCCUCCGCCCCCGCCCCCUUGCCCACCACCGCCACCCCCGCCCAACUCGGGCAGCUCUCCUCCCAUCCCACCCCCGCCGAUCCCUGUGCCUCCGCCUCCAGGUUUCAUGGCAGCUCCUGAUGGUGCCAUGACAAUCAAGAGGAAAGUGCAGACGAAAUAUAAAUUGCCAACGCUCAAUUGGGUUGCCUUGAAACCAAAUCAGGUGCGGGGAACUGUGUUCAACGAACUAGAUGACGACAAAUUGCACUCAAUGAUUGACUUCACUGACUUUGAAGAGAGGUUCAAACUUGGUGUGGGCCCUGCCGUUGCUGCUGGGGACAGCUCUGAAACAGACGGACUCACCUCAUUCUCCAGCAAGCGCUUUAAGAAGCCAGAGAAUGUAUCCCUCCUGGAACAUACUAGACUGAGAAAUAUUGCCAUAUCCCGCCGUAGAAUGGACAUGAGUGUUGACAAAGUCAUCAGUGCAGUUAACUGUCUAGAUCUGAAAACUUUACCACUGGAAAGUGUAGAAAUCCUUCAAAGAAUGUGCCCCACUGAACAGGAGUCAAAAGCAUACCGCGAGUACAUUUUGGAGAAGAAGGACAUCAAUUUGUUGACUGAAGAAGAUAAAUUCUUGCUCCAACUUAGCCGUGUUGAGCGUCUCAACACAAAAUUGACUAUUAUGUGUUAUAUUGGAAACUUUUUCGACAAUGUUCAUCUUAUCACACCACAAGUACAUGCCAUUAUAUCUGCAGCAAGUAUGGUGAAAAACUCUGCCAAACUACGGCGCAUCCUGGAAGUGAUCCUUGCCUUCGGAAAUUAUUUAAACAGCAGCAAGAGAGGGCCUGCUUAUGGUUUUAAACUUCAGUCCCUGGAUUGUUUGCUAGACACCAAGAGUGCUGAUAGGCGUCAAUCAUUACUGCACUACAUCGCUCAAACAGUUCGUGUUAAGUUCCCAGAUCUUCUCAGCUUUGAGUCAGAGCUUUUGUACAUAGAUAAAGCAGCAACUGUCUCUCUUGAAAAUGUACGCACUGAUCUGACUGAGCUGGAGAAAGGCAUGGAAGUGGUAAGGCGUGAAGCGGAACAAAGAGGAAACAAUCCCAGUGCUGUUGGUAAUGCUGCGAAUAAUGGUGCAUCACUAGUUCUGAAAGAUUUCUUAGCAAAUGCAGAAGAAAAAUUAAGGAGACUGAAAACUGAUGUGAAAAAUGCUCAAGAAACUUUCCGAGACUGUGUUGAGCUGUUUGGCGAAUCCCCUCGCACAACAGAUGCCAAUGCAUUCUUCUCAUUGUUUGUGAGAUUUUCCCGCUCAUUCAAAAUGGCAGAUCAAGAAAAUGAACAGCGCCUCAGACUUGAGCAGGCUGCUUUGGCUUCAAAGCAAAUAGAAGAUCAAAGUGCUGCUCCUAAUCAAGAAGUUCUACGUCGAAACAAGCUCAACCAGAAAAAGCAGCAGGAUGCCGUUAUCAAUGAGCUGAAGCACAAAACUCGUGCAGUGCAAGAAAAGAAACUGCUGCAGCAGGACGAGGUCUACAACGGUGCACUGGAAGACAUCCUCCUCGGGCUGAAGAGCGAGCCCUACCGACGCGCCGACGCAGUUCGCCGGUCGCAGCGUCGCCACAUCGACAGCAACCGGCUUUCGAGGAACAUGGAGAUGGAUUUCUGAUCUUACCACAUUGUGGUAUAAUUUCCAUUUCUAAAUUGCAAAUUUUGCACGAUUUGAGUUCUCUUUAAAAUUGUCUCUUUAAAGGAAAGAAAUCUUUGGACUGUGGUUAAGGAGCCACAGGCAGUUCUGUGAUAUAAAUUUCAAGAAAUAUGACAGUCUUGAAUUUUCUUUUGGGGCUUGACCAUGCCCCUGGCUUGUGAUAAUUGUUGCCUUUGUAUUAUAGCUAUCUGUAAAUUAAUAUUCUUUCAUGUAAGGCAGCAAUACCUUUGCACAUUAUUUUACCACUUAAAGUGUACAAAAGUUAACCACAGCUUGAUUGCCUGAUGUUAUUAUCUAUUGAGCUUUUCUUACAAAUAUGAUGUGGGAAGGGAAAGUGCCUUAAGCUUUAAUGAAGAGUGAAAUUUAUUGUUAAGAGAAAUAUGGAAUCUCUCUCUCUACAUAUAUAUGUACUGUUUUAUAAAUACUUUGUGCCCUAUCUCACUGACUGCACAUAGCUGUAUGUAUAAUUUUAUCAUUAGGAUUAUGUAAUAGUAUGAUUAGUCAAAAUAUGAGCUUGUGAUCCUACUCUUCUGUUUCCUUGACUUUGUACAUAUCCUGUUAUGUACUACUACUAAUUUUGAAAAUGCUGUUGAAGAAAUGUAAGGUCUCUUUCACUAUUUGCAGAACCAUUGUUUGUUAGUUUGUUUUCUUCCCCCCUUUUUUGUCGUGGCUCAUAAAUUUCUUAUAUUUUACAAUGUUUGUGUAUACCAGUUAGUUAUCUCUAUUCUGUUAAUUGUGUAAUUUGAAUAAUAACAUUAUUGUUAUUGGGUGAUCUUUUUUUUUUAUUAUAUCUUUUUUUAACAAUGUUGUGCAUGUUAAAAAUUUCAAAUGUUCAACAAUUAUAUGUUCUUUUUAUCAAAUGUAUGACCCUUGUGAUUGAACUUACAUGUAGAAUGUGUUCCUAUUGUUAUUUUGUGCAUGAAAUAUCUCAGGAAGGCCUUUGAAAACAUUCCAGAAGCAAUUUGUAUCAAUACAGAUGUAGUAUGAAGUUAUCUUCAGUUGAGAUAAUUUACAUUCUACUUUUUUAACGCAGCGUCACUGGUCUUUUACAUACCAUUGUUUGACUGUAAUGUUAUUGUGGGGUCUGACUUCUUUGUUUAGAAGAUUAGGAAUCAAGCAGUUGGCACACUGAUGAGUAAAUUUUCAUCCACCUUAUCUGCAUUUAGUUAUCAUUUGUAGCUCAUCUGCACAGACGUUUACCACAUUGAAGUGUCCUGCAUUUAUCAUAUUCUCAAAGUCUAAUGCACUUGUUGCAAGCUUACUUCAGAGUAAAGUGAAGAAUUUAAUGCCCCCCUAUCUCUAUUCUUUUACAAAAUCCUCCUUUCAUGAGAGUAUCUUCUGUCACUAUUACGUAUGUAUCAUGUUACUCCAAGUUGAUAUUUCAGUUACAUAUUGUGAAUAAAGGUGCAUCACAAUAUUUCAGUUCUGUUUUGAGAUGACAAGACUUACUCAUUGAGAGAUUUCUUAUGAAAUAACAUUUGUGAUUGAGAGUUUACCUGUGAAGUUUUAAGAUUUGGAUUGUCUUCAACUACCAUAUCUCACUGCAAAGUGCAGUCAGUAUAUGAUAUUCCAAAUAGUGAGCAUUCUCAUUUUUCAACCUAUAUACUCCCUCAUACCUAUCUUGUUGUAGUAUGCACAGAUAUCGAACCUUUUGUUGAUUCAAUAUUGUUAUGACAUGUUUCAUUUUGAUUGUUGAAACACUGUAGAUCGUCGGGCACUCGAGUAACACUUCAAUGUGUGUGAAUUGGUUUCUACAGAAUUUUUAUUAGUCUUGUCUCAUGAUUGUUUUCUUGUAUCUCAAUUAUAAGUGAGGGGCAGUGAGUCAUAUGGAAGGAUUAAAAUCUUCUUAGAUUGA